AUGGACGAGUCGACGCUCGGGCAUGAGUUGUGUCGGUCGUUGGGCGAUGGAGAACGCGCGUGCGCGCGGGUGAAGCCGAAGAUGAUCUCGAGCGACGGCGUUGCGCUCUUCAGGGAACACAAAUACGCGAGCGAGGUGGAUAACUUUGGUGACGUGGAUUUGGUCGUGUACGGAGUUUCCGUGGACGGGGACUCUUGGUUCGUGAUGGACUUCGUGGAGGGAGAGACGGUUCCGUCGGGGAAGACGCGAACGUACGAUUUGCGCUUCUCGCCGAAUCGAGUGGGGGACCUUUGGAACACGUUGAUGUAUAACACGAGCGUUGGAUUGGUCACGCAGUUGUUGCCGAGCGUGGUGUAUCGAAACCCGUACGAGUUGACCGCGCUCGUGGAGACAGUGCCAUUCGACGUGCCGGUGGAGUUUGACAUGAAGUUAUUCAAUCCAACGCCGCACAGGCUCGCGGUGAACAGCGCCUUCGCGACGGCUCCCGAGGUAGAGAUCGAGCCCGCGACGUUUUCCGUGGCUGAGCCGAGUGUCACGCGCGACCGUGGGCGCGUGAGCGAGGACUCUGACACAAUACGUACCGUAGCGAGAUGGGCCUUGACAUCGGGAGAGCGAGCCGCAAUCUUACGCUUACGCAUCCUUAUUCGCAAAGAAGAGUUCAUGACAGUCGCCAACGAACGUAAAUCAAUCGAUGGAUACCUUGUGUUGAAUGUUACGAGUGAAACGUCGUUGAUGCGAAUCCCGUUCUCUUUCACCCCGCAAAGAGAUCUUAUUUAUAUGGUAGAGAAACACAUAGAGUUUGACGAUGUGACGAGUGCGCGGGAAAGGAGUACAAAACACUUACGUGUCUUCAAUGCCCGAAAAACGGCGAUCGAGAUCAAAUCCGUCUUCGUUGAGGAGCCCGAUAGAGAUUUGUCGAUCAAGUUUGGCAAAGGUACCAUUGUACCACCGCUCACGACUGUGUCAGUCGCUCGUUUGACUCGCAUAGGACACCGUGAGGGAUACAUUAUGGGCGUUGUACGUGUGCAUACGAACGUCUCUUCAGUCGUGUUGCGGGUCCCUUAUUCUGCACGAGUUUUGCAUGGUGCGCUGACAUUCGAUGCCGAUAAACUUUUAUUUCAGGCUCCUAUCGGGCCUUACGGAGAGAAAGUACCAGAAGGCGAGCAUAUGGUUCGACGGACGUUUGAGAUUACGAACACGUUUAGUCAAGACGUGAUACUGAGCUCUUG